AUGGGUUUGGAUGGAUUGUUGAAGUUGUUGGCUUCCCUUGUUGAGAAAUGGAAAGCAGUUGAAGAUGAUUUACUUUCUAAUGAUGAUUGGGCUGAUUAUCAAAAAGGAUCGACAAAAUCCACAAAUCCGGAAUCAUGGAUUAAAGAACAAAUCGAAUCAGGCGAAGCAUUAAAUAAUCCGAAUUUAGAACCAAUAAAAGGUGAUUGGAGACAACGAAAUAAAAAUAAAAAGUUGUAG